AUGUGCCAGCCCCAGCUGGCCCUGCUGGUCCUGCUUUCCUGCCCAUGGGCCAAUGCCAAUGCUCUACGGGGUCAGAUUGUGGGGGGUCAUGAGGCUCAGCCCCACUCCCACCCUUACAUGGCAUACCUGAAGGUAGGGAUGUUUGCCUGUGGAGGCUUCCUGGUGGCCCCUGACUGGGUGAUGACAGCCGCACACUGCAUGGGGUGAGCCACAGUCAUCCUGGGGGCUCACAACAUCAACGAACCAGAAACGACCCAGCAGAUCCGGGGAGUUCUCAGAUACCACCAGCAUCCUGAGUACGACCCCAACACCUAUUCUAACGACAUCAUGCUACUCAAGCUUUCAGCGAAGGCCACUCUGAAUGACUACAUCAAGACCAUUCCGCUGCCCAAGACUGGCAGCGACCUCCCCACGGGCACCAAGUGCAGCAUAGCCGGGUGGGGCCUGAUCGAUGAAGACCAGGUGACCAACAAGCUCUUUGAAACCAAAGUCUCCAUCUACAGCCGCAGGAAAUGCAUCCACUUCUAUCCUCAUCUCGACACUGGCAUGGUCUGUGCUGGCAGCUUCCACGAGCUCAGAGAUUCCAGCCAGGGACGGGGAGAUUCUGGUGGGCCCCUGGUAUGCAAUAAGGUGGCACAAGGCAUCGUUUCUUUUGGGUACGCCAUCCCACCCGGGGUCUACACCCGCAUCUCCAACUACCUGCCCUGGAUCAAAAAAACCCUGAGGAAGUAG